AUGGCUGCAAAUACGCAGCAAUUCAACACAAGAGGUAUGUCAAUGAUUCGAAAGGUUAAUGAGGUUACUUCUUCACCGCACUUAGAACAUAGGAUUGGUAAUAUGGAGAAGAUGAUGCAACAAAUGGCCGCAGUAAUCAUUCCCUCUUAUGAAAAAGAAGAUGAACAAGUGAAUGCGGUAUUCCCAAAUCAGCAGAGACAACAGUAUGAUCCCUAUUCCAACACUUACAAUCCAGGACGGAGAGAUCACCCCGAUUUCAUCUAUGCGAAUACGCAAGCAGCAGCUCCGGGGUCGAUUUUUAAUCGCCCUAGUAGUUUCCAACAACAACCACAACCAGCGCAGAAUUCAGAAUCAUCAAAGAUGCUUGCUAUGAUGAAGAAUCUAACCAUAAUGGUGCAAAAAAAUCAGCAAACGACUGAUGGUGCAAUCAAGGAGUUGCAGACAAAAAUGAGCACCAUGGCAGGUAGAUUGAACCUUUUGGAAACGCAGAAUAAUGGGAAACUCCCUUCUCAACCUAUUAAUCCUAGAGAAACUGUUAAUGCUGUGACAUUGAGAAGUGGUACACGAACUGUGCAACCAGAAGAUGCUGAGAAUUGCAAAGACCCCAAGGGUCCGGUUUUGGAGAAAGAGAUUACUGACUCUUCCCAAACCGAUGAGGUACCUAAAACAAACUCUAAACCUCUUGUUUCAACUUAUGUUCCUCCUUUACCUUUUCCUCGCAGGUUCGAUAAUGUUAAAAAGGUGGAACAAGACAAGGAGAUUUUAGAUAUAUUCAAAAAGAUUCAUGUGAAUAUCGCGCUGAUAGAUGCAAUUAGGCAAGUUCCUAAGUACGCAAGAGUUUUGAAAGACCUAUGCACCAGGAAGAAACGAUUAAACGCUAAUGAGGUGAUGAGUGUGGGGGAAAACGUUUCUGCUAUCCUCCAAAAGAAACUCCCACCUAAAUACAAAGAUCCUGGUAGUUUCGAUAUACCUGUUGUGAUUGGUAAUAAAAGAUUUGGAAAAGCCAUGCUUGAUUUAGGAGCGUCAGUUAAUGUUAUGCCCGCAUUUAUUUAUGAGUCUUUGAAUUUGGGCCCUUUGAAAGAAACUCGUAUUGUUCUUGAACUAGUUGAUCGUACUAAUGUUUACCCUAUAGGUAUUAUUGAAGAUGUGCUUGUGCAGGUGAAUCAACUCGUAUUUCCAGCCAAUUUCUGUGUAUUGGAAAUGGAUAGCAGGUCUGAUGCAUCUAUACCGCUGUUAUUGGGGAGGCCUUUCAUGAAAACGGUCAAAACCAUAAUUGAUAUUGACAAAGAAACGCUCACGAUGGAAUUUGAUGAUGAAAAGAUUUGUUUCAAUAUUUUUGGAGCAAUGCGGUAUCCUAGCGAUGUUCAUUCGGAUGUUCAUGCUAAUGUCUUAGACGCAGACUAA